AUGUCUAUAUCAAUACAACAAAAAGACUUUUUUAAUAGUAACUCAACUACUAAUGACUCCGAAGAAUCUCAUUCCCACACUCAAGCCUACAAUGGUUUUGAUCAGACAACUGGAAAUAAAAUCCACGAAUUAGCCAGACAAUUAACAAACCAAUCUAAUAAUAACCUAAAUUUAAUCAAAACUUUGAGCUCAAUGUCUCAACAAUCAGAAGUUCCUGGCGUUUCCACUUUUAACACUCAAAAAAUUGACGAAAGAUUAGAUCCCAAUUCUCCCAAUUUCAAUUCAAGAUACUGGGUCAAAAAUCUAAGAAGAUUCACUGAUAAGGACCCAGACUAUUAUAAACCCUUAACCUUAGGUGUCGCUUGGAGAAACUUGAGAAGCCAUGGUAUUGCUUCUGAUGCCGAUUACCAAACAAAUGUUGGCAACUUUAUAUAUAAACUAUGCGAUAAAACUGUCCAUUUGAUCCCAGGUAUUGCUCCUAAAACAAACUUUGAUAUCUUAAAAAAAAUGGAUGGUAUAGUCUAUCCAGGUGAAAUUUUAGCUGUAUUAGGUAGACCUGGUGCUGGUUGCAGUACUUUCCUAAAAUCAAUUGCCGGAAGAACUCAUGGUUUCGAAAUCGAUGACCAAUCGAUAAUCACAUAUGACGGUUUAAACCAACAGGAUAUCAAAAAAAAUUUCAGAGGUGAAGUUAUCUACAAUGCAGAGACAGAAAUCCAUUUUCCUCAUUUGACUGUUUGGGAAACUUUGAAUUUGGCUGUCAAAAUGAGAGCUCCAAGAAACAGAAUCCCUGGAAUCUCAAGAGAAGUUUACGCUAAACAUAUGACCGAGGUGUAUCUUGCAAUGUAUGGUUUAUCUCAAGUUAAGGAUACAAAGGUUGGUGAUGAGUUCAUGAGAGGCAUCUCUGGUGGUGAAAGAAAACGAUUAAGUAUCACAGAGGCUUCGUUAUGUGGUGCUCCUUUCCAAUUAUGGGAUAAUAGUACUAGAGGUUUGGACGCUGCAAAUGCUGUCGAGUUUACAAAAUGUCUUAGAACCCAAGCUGAUAUAUUGAAUUAUACAACCCUCGUUUCAAUUUACCAAUGUUCAACUGAAGUUUAUAACUUAUACGACAAAGUUUGUUUGUUAUACGAGGGCUAUCAAAUCUAUUUUGGAUCAACCCAAAAGGCUAAAGCAUUUUUCCUCAAUAUGGGUUACGAAUGCCCCCAACGUCAAACAACUGCUGACUUUUUAACUUCACUUACCAAUCCUGCUCAAAGAAUUGUUAAAAAGGGUUACGAAAAUAAAGUUCCCAGGACUCCUCAAGAAUUUGAAACCUACUGGAAAAACUCUCAACAGUAUAAAGAUCUUGUCUUAGAAGUUGAUGACUAUAUCGAGAGAAACAAAAAUAACAAUCAAGCUUCAUCUGAUUUUGUUCAAGGACAUUAUGCUCAACAAACAAAACUCCAAAGGAAAAAAUCCCCAUACAUGAUUUCGUUUUGGAUGCAAGUUAAAUAUAUUAUCAUUCGUAAUUUUCAAAGAAUUCGGAAUAACAUGGGAUAUUCUCUUGUAAAUAUUGGUGGUAAUUUUGCAAUAUCGUUAAUUAUUGGCUCUAUAUUUUUCGAUCUACCAAACGAUACAGGAUCUUUUUAUUAUCGUGGGGCUGCUCUAUUUAUUGCCAUUUUGUUUAAUGCUUUUGCUUCUAUUUUGGAAAUCCUUGCCUUAUAUGAAGCAAGACCAAUCGUCGAAAAACACAAAGGUUAUGCUUUAUAUCAUCCAGCUGCUGAUGGUUUAGCCUCGAUUAUCUCUGAACUACUCAAUAAACUUCUCACUGCACUUAGUUUCAAUAUACCUUUUUACUUUAUGGUUAACUUAAGAAGAACAGCUGGCCAUUUUUUCUUUUAUUUCUUCGUUGGUAUUUUGUCCACAUUUGCCAUGUCCCAUAUUUUCAGAUGUAUAGGUGCUUGCACUAAAACUUUGUAUGAAGCAAUGUCCCCUGCUUCAAUUUUGUUAUUGGCUAUUACAAUCUUUAUGGGCUUUAUUAUUCCAACUAACUACAUGCUUGGAUGGUCAAGAUGGAUAAAUUAUAUUGAUCCUUUAGCAUAUACUUUUGAAUCAAUUAUGGCCAAUGAGUUCCAUGGAAUGAAUUACACAUGUUCUCUAAAUGUUCCCUCAACCUCGACUUAUGAUACUUUAGGCAGUUUGAAUCAUGUUUGCAACUCAGUUGGAGCAAAACUUGGUUCAAACUACGUUAAUGGUGAUGAUUAUAUUGAAAUAGCUUUUGAUUAUCAUAAUUCACACAAGUGGAGAAAUGUUGGAAUUAUUAUUGCAUAUAUCGUGGUUUUCCUUUUACUAUAUCUAAUUAUUUGUGAAUAUAAUGAAGGUGCAAAACAAAAAGGUGAGAUUUUAUUAUUUCAACAAAGGACUUUAAGAAAACUAAGAAAGCAAAAAAAAAUUGACACUUCCAAUGAUAUUGAAACCGGAAACAUAAACGAAAAAAAAGUCAUAACAGAAGCUGAGGAUUCUGAUGGCUUGAAAAUGAAAAUUUCUUGUGGUGAUAGAAUCUUUCAUUGGAAGAACGUCUGCUAUGAUAUUCAAAUCAAGGGUAAAACAAGAAGAAUAUUAAACAAUGUUUGUGGUUGGGUUAAACCUGGAACAGUUACAGCUUUAAUGGGUGCAUCGGGAGCCGGAAAAACUACACUAUUAGAUGUUCUUGCAAAUAGAGUGACGAUGGGUAUCGUUUAUGGCGAUAUGUUUGUUGAUGGGCAUUUGAGAGAUAGAUCAUUUCAGCGAUCUACUGGUUAUGUUCAACAGCAAGAUUUACAUGGCACCACUUCGACAGUAAGAGAAGCGUUGAGAUUCAGUGCAUAUUUGAGACAACCUUAUAGUGUUUCUAAAGAAGAAAAGGAUGAAUAUGUUGAAAGUGUUAUUUCCACUUUAGAAAUGGAAAAAUACGCUGAUGCAAUCAUUGGUGUUACUGGUGAAGGUCUCAACGUCGAACAACGUAAGAGAUUAACAAUAGGUGUCGAACUAGCAGCAAAACCUGAUUUGCUUUUAUUUUUAGAUGAGCCAACUUCUGGUUUGGACUCAGAAACUGCCUGGUCCAUUUGCAAAUUAAUUAGAAAAUUGGCGGACCAAGGCCAGGCUAUUUUGUGUACUAUUCAUCAACCAUCAGCAAUUUUAUUGGAUGAAUUUGAUAACUUGCUUUUGCUAGAGGCUGGAGGAAAAACUGUGUAUUUUGGAGAAUUGGGUGAAAAAUGCAAUAUUCUUGUUAACUACUUUGAAAAAUAUAGCAACAAAAAAUGCCCCAAAGAAGCUAACCCUGCUGAAUGGAUGUUAGAUGUGAUUGGAAGUGCUCCAGGGUCUCAUGCUGAUAAAGAUUAUUUUGAUGUUUGGACCAACUCUGAGGAACACAAAAAAGUAUUGAGAGAAUUAGAGUCAAUGGAAAAAGAAUUGAUUAAAAAAUCUGUUGACGACUCUGAUGAACUACUUAAAGAAUUUGCAGCGCCACUAUUCUUCCAGUAUAAACAGGUAUUGAUAAGAGUUUUCCAACAUUAUUGGAGAACACCAAUGUAUAUUUGGUCAAAAAUCCUAUUAACGAUUGCCUCCGAAUUAUUCAAUGGUUUUUCGUUUUUCAAUGCAAGCAGAUCUCAACAAGGUUUGCAGAAUCAAAUGCUUUCAAUCUUCAUGUAUACUGUCAUUUUUAUAACAUUGAACUUUCAAAUGUUCGAAAAUUUUGUGACUCAAAGAAAAAUAUACGAAGUUAGAGAAAGACCAUCAAAAACUUUCAGUUGGGUUGCUUUCAUUUUGGCUCAAAUAACUGGCGAAAUUCCAUGGAAUAUCUUAUGUGGUACCAUUGCUUUCUUCUGCUGGUACUAUCCUGUUGGUUUAUACCACAAUGCUAGCUAUACCGACACAGUUGCUGAGAGAGGAGCACUAGUUUGGUUAUUUUCAAUAACGUAUUACGUCUGGAGUCUUAGUUUUGGUCAAGCAGUCAUUGCUGGGUUGGAUCGUAAAGAAACUGCUGGUAUUUUAACCACAAUUUUGUUCACUAUGUGUUUGGCUUUCUGUGGUGUUUUAGCUGGACCAGAUUUUAUGCCUGGAUUUUGGAAAUGGAUGUAUAGGGUCUCGCCAUUAACAUACUUGAUCCAAGGUAUUAUGUCGGCAAGUUUGGCUAAUGCUCCUGUUGUUUGUAGUGAUUCAGAAUUGUUAAUAUUUCAACCACCUACCAGCUAUACCUGUUUACAAUAUAUGACACCUUAUAUUUCUGUUGUUGGCGGAUAUUUAGUGGAUGGGAAUGCUACCGAUUAUUGUCACUAUUGUAUCAUGUCAAGCACUAAUGCAUAUCUUAAGAAAGCUAACUGUGUUUAUAGCGAAAUGUGGAGAAACUUUGGUAUUUUUAUUUGCUAUAUUUUCAUCAAUUUCUUCAUUAUAGCUGGCUUUUAUUGGCUACUUAGAGUUCCUAAAUCAAAGAACAGAGUUAAAAAUGAAACUAAGUCUGAAACCAAAUCGGAAUUAUGA